UCGCUUCAAAAAACUGCGUCUCCCUCGUAAUUCUGUCUCAAUAGUUAAAAAAACUAGUUCAAGAUGGCCGAAGCAGAGGAUAUCCAGCCACUUGUCUGUGAUAACGGAACUGGAAUGGUGAAGGCUGGUUUUGCUGGAGAUGAUGCUCCACGAGCUGUGUUUCCCAGCAUUGUAGGCCGGCCCCGCCAUACUGGUGUGAUGGUUGGUAUGGGACAGAAAGAUGCAUAUGUUGGAGACGAGGCUCAGUCGAAGAGAGGUAUCUUGACUCUGAAGUACCCUAUCGAACACGGUAUUGUCAACAACUGGGAUGACAUGGAGAAGAUUUGGCAUCACACAUUCUACAACGAGCUGCGUGUGGCUCCAGAGGAGCACCCCAUCCUCCUCACUGAAGCCCCUCUUAAUCCAAAGGCUAACAGGGAGAAGAUGACUCAGAUCAUGUUUGAGACAUUCAAUGCUCCUGCCAUGUAUGUUGCUAUCCAGGCCGUCCUGUCCCUGUAUGCCAGUGGACGAACCACUGGUAUUGUGCUGGAUUCUGGUGAUGGUGUGAGUCACACUGUCCCAAUCUACGAGGGUUACUCCCUCCCACACGCCAUCCUUCGUCUGGACUUGGCCGGGCGUGACCUUACUGACUACCUGAUGAAGAUCCUGACUGAGCGUGGUUACUCGUUCACCACCUCAGCAGAGCGAGAAAUUGUGAGGGACAUGAAGGAGAAGCUCUCCUACAUUGCUCUGGACUACGAGCAGGAGCUCGAGACUGCAAGAACUAGCUCCUCUGUGGAGAAGAGCUUUGAGCUGCCUGAUGGGCAGGUUAUUACCAUUGGCAAUGAGCGUUUCCGUUGCCCUGAGGUGCUCUUCCAGCCUUCCAUGAUCGGUAUGGAAGCAGCGGGUAUCCAUGAGACCACCUACAACUCCAUCAUGAAGUGCGACGUGGAUAUUAGGAAGGACCUCUACAGCAAUAUUGUUCUCAGUGGUGGUACUACUAUGUUCUCUGGUAUUGCUGAUAGAAUGAGCAAGGAGAUCACCGCCCUCGCUCCCAGCAGCAUGAAGAUUAAGGUUGUUGCCCCGCCUGAAAGGAAAUAUAGUGUCUGGAUUGGAGGUUCCAUUUUAGCAUCUCUCAGUACCUUCCAACAGAUGUGGAUAUCCAAAUCCGAAUAUGAUGAGUCGGGUCCAUCCAUUGUCCACAGGAAGUGUUUCUAAGCAGAUCAUCUCACAAGGUUUUUGGCACUGGAUCUAUUGGUGGUCAAAACCAAGUUUCGGAUUUUUAUUUCAUUAAAGAUGGUAACAGAGUUGUUUUUUUUCAUUGUUCCUAUUCUUUGAUUUUUUUUCUUUCUUUAGUAUGUUUCUCCAAGAGCUACAGCUGGUAAAAGUUAGAUGAAUAACUCGACGUUCCAGUUGGAUUGAGAAAGACUAUCAUCUUGAGCUGGUACUAGGAGCGCACUGUAUACUAUCGCUACAACUCAUGUCGCGGUCUGCUGGUUUUCCUCAAAUCUGCAAGGGAUGCUAUAGUAAUAAAUUAGGAUGGAUUUGUACUCUUUUAUGUUUUAUUUUCAUCUUUUCGCUUGUAGAUUUUGUUCCCGAUGCUUAAUAAAAUGUGUGUUGUUUCAUUGGCAAAAACUGCUGUU